AUGCUCAAGAAGGUGGUCGAUGCGAUCAAAGAUCUCGUACAAGACUGCAAUUUCGACUGCAAUGACUCCGGCAUCGCACUUCAAGCCAUGGACAAUUCCCACGUCGCCCUCGUCUCCAUGAUGCUCAAAGCCGAAAUGUUCUCUCCUUUUCGCUGCGACCGAAACAUUGCUCUCGGCAUAAAUUUGACCUCUCUCACGAAAGUCCUACGAGCCGCCCAGAAUGAAGAUAUUCUUACGCUAAAAGCAGAAGAUGCGCCAGAUGUGGUUAAUCUGGUCUUUGAGAGCAGCGAAAGCGAUAGGCUGUCUGAAUAUGAUAUCAAGUUGAUGGAUAUCGACCAAGAACACUUGGGUAUUCCAGAUACUGAGUAUGCUGCUACUAUUGAGAUGCCUGCUGCCGAGUUCCAGAGGAUUUGCAGAGAUUUGAUGGCUAUGUCUGAAUCUGUUUCUAUUGAAGCAUCCAAGGACGGCGUACGAUUCUCAUGCCAGGGUGAUAUUGGCUCAGGCUCAGUUACUGUUCGACAACACACAAACGUUGACAAGCCAGAUCAAGAUGUAUCGAUACAGCUGGUUGAGCCAGUCAACCUUACGUUCUCGUUGAAGUACCUCGUCAACUUCUGCAAGGCUAGUGGCCUAUCCGCGAAAGUCAGGCUUUGUCUGUCUCAGGAGGUCCCUCUGCUUGUUGAGUACACCCUAUCUGGCAGUAGUCACUUACGUUUCUAUUUGGCUCCAAAGAUUGGUGACGAUGAGUAA